AUGAUAAAGCCUGGCUGGGGGUCAAGAAGUGUUGCUUCUUCAACGGUCAACAUCAGUGUAUGGAGCCCUGGUGGACUUUGGAUUGAGGGAAAGCCCCAAAUCCCUCCUCAAAAGUGGCCAUUUCCAAACAGAGCUGGGAAGUGCAGCCUCCCUUGCCAUUUUGAGCCUUCAGCUCCACCCACUGGCGCACUCAGCAGGGACACUAUAAAGCCAGGCUCAGCCCAGCUCCCAGCCAAGCACCUGCCCAGCAACGUGGGGUCCAGCAGCUUCUUGGUCCUCAUGGUGUCUCUCGCUCUUGUGACCCUGGUGACCGCGGAAGGAGUUAAAGGGGGUGAGCAGGCAUGUAUAGAAAAAGCGGAGGUUUGCCCAGCUGACAACAUAGGCUGCUUCAAGUCUGAUCCUCCCCAGUGUCACACAGACCAGGACCGUCUGGGGGAAAGGAAGUGUUGUUACCUGCACUGUGGCUUCAAGUGUGUGGUUCCUGUGAAGAAAGUGGAAGAAGGAGGAAACAAGGAUGAAGAUGUGUCAGGGCCAUGCCCAGAGCCAGGAUGGGAGGCCAAGUCUCCAGGCUCCUCCUCCACUGGGUGUCCUCAGAAAUGA